AUUUAUAAAUGGAAGUCCAUCGCAUUCAGUGCUUAAUAUUUUCGCUUCUCAUAAAGUUUUCAAUGAUGAAUGAAGAAACAGUGCCCGUUAUAAUGUGGUCAACAGCAGAAGCCUUGUGGAAAACUGUGGAGAAUGGACACAGAGAGCACAAUAAAGAGGUAUCGGAACUAUCCUGGUAUCUCAAUCCCGUAUUCAACAGAAGUCAGAAGAAAGUGAUACUGUUCUGGCUGGACACGCUGAACACCAACGAUAUUAUGAAUUCUGAUGCCAGUGUGGCCCACACAUUUUCUAACAUUCAGAAUAUUCUGGAUUCUGCUCCAUCUUGGAUUGUCCUACCAGCCGUAAGCCAGCGUUGGACGUAUCGGCUCCCUGAAUACGUGCACGAGAAGCUCGGAGGAUAUUCAGUAUAUGUAAAUCAAUUACCAUUUUGGAAUCCAGAAAUGAACAGCACUAAACCGUUAUUACUAAUAGUGAAAUUACCAUUAACGUACAGAUCUGCAGUGACAGCAGAUAUCAAAGUCCUAGCCGAUGAUGACGUUAUUAAACUGGUCGUCAAUACUUUCAAAACAAAUGAGGUCCCUUAUACAGCUAUUUUCAUGGCUGGCUGGAGUUCCAAGGUGGCUGGACAUUCUUUCAGUGAUGUCAUGAGCUUUGGUAGGAAGCUUCUGCAAAUCCCAAAUUGGAACCAGUACUCACCAAUAAAUGUUACAGAUGGUGAAAAAACAUGCAUUCUCUUCACUGCCAAAAAGAUAACAAUUAGAUUUGGAGACCAGCCAGAGAUCGAUUUGACUAACAAAACAUUUGGGAACACUGCUAAAGUUAAUACAAGGAAUUCAACAUGUUCUGCGGAUCAUGCCACGCUUUUACUGAAUUAUGGUGAUGUUGGAAAACUGAAGCAACUUGUUAUCAGGUUUAUAAUGAAAAGUACUUAUCAUAGGAUCUCUCUUCAGAACUGGUUUAGCCUGGAUUUUGUGCAGAUCUUCUACGACAAUGCAUUACAAGCAUCUUUUAAUGCAAGUGAAAUCUACGCUCCAGUUACUAAUUCAUACCACUGUCACUAUAUCAGUAGUCUGCAGAAAUAUGAAGCAUUGCUGGUACCCAGAACCAGGGACAAUGCCACAGGGUUUUGGCAUAUCACCUUCGUGCAGCUUCAGAUUCAAGGAUUUAAUAUUAACGCAGGACAGUUUGCCUCUGCCCGAGACUGUGUCUCCUUCUUCACCCCUGCUGUCCUGAUGGGGCUUGUAACUUCUCUCAUACUCGUGCUGGUCCUUGCUUAUACAGGGUAUAUGUUGGUCCACUUAAAACGAAUGGGAGAGUACAAUGAAUCUAAAAACACCGUAUACAACCCUACACCGGAAGAAGCUGAUUUUGAAGAAUAAUUACCAGUGCAAUUACUGCAUAGAAUGUUAAGUAUCUUGCGUUAACAUUAGAUAAAACAAAAUUGAGCAAUUUUUCAACAAGAGGAGUUCAAGCUCCCCACCAAAUAUUUUAGCUUUCUAUCUUGACAUCUUUGCAGUGGGCCGGACCAGUCAUGAAGGAAAUGUUCACCUUAAAUUGGGAGAUGUUUUAACAUUUGUCUGCAUGCUGGUUAAUCCUUCAUUGUAUUUCUAAUUGUCCUGACACCUAUAAGGAACUUUCAUUGACAAGGGUAGUGAAAAGUCAUGUAAAAUUCAGAAUAAAGUUUUGUAAGUGUAUUUUAGCCAUUUCUUCUUCAAUAAGCCUUCAGUUAAUUGAUUUUAUAUUUAUUCUCACCCCACCAAUGAAUUUCCAAAAACAGUUACUCUGAAGAAAAUUAAGCUCUGUGGAGGGAC